ACCACCACUACUUUAACACAAUCUCAGCACCUUUCCUCAACACUAUACCUGUACAGGUAACAACGAUUUAGUCACGAGAGAACACACUGAGAAAAAGCAUAGAAUAUCAUGUAUAAAUGUUUCUUGGUGUUGGUUACUACAGUUACUACCUUAACGAACUACCACGAUUGGUCGAUUCUCCUACAAACGUCGGAGAACAACCCUUCUACUUUUCCUUCGGCUUGAACGGGGGUUCGUCUUUAGAAUCGUCAGGAUUGUCGUGGUGGUAGGACGAGUCCUUUUAAACACGGGGUUAUGAAGAAUCCUGGACGACACUGAUAUUACUUAUGAUACAUAAUUAAACGUGAUAACAAUUUGAUAUUAUUAUAAAAUAUACAAGAAUUUGUUGCAAUCAAUUUGAAUAGAUUUUCAUUCGAGAUAAAAGAUCAUCAUCAUUGUCACGUUAAACGUGGAUAAAAAACUUUAUCCGAGAACCAUGUUUGACGUAACAUGAGCAGUAACAAGAGAUCAUCACAAAGCAACAAAGAAGACAAGAAGAAUACAGCAAGUAAAGAAGAUAGUCCAGCUGGUGGUAAAGAUGAUGGUGCAUCGAUAUCAACCGGUAGUAAUGGUGGUGCAAGCGGUGAACCAUCCCAACCUGGUAGCAAACCUGGUUCGGCAGGUGCUACUGCUAGGGAAGGUGCCCAAAGACUUUUGGCACUUGCUGCACGGGGAGAAUGGCCACCCGUUGACCAAUUGCUCAAAUCUAUGGAAAAGGCGGUACAAAAUGCUGCCGAGGAAGGUUUCAUUGCACCCCUGGCUGGUCUUAUGGACCCGACGACUGGAAUGACACCGUUGAUGCAUGCAGUUAAGGAUAAUCGUACAGGAUUAUUGGACAGGAUGAUAGAAUUGGGUGCAGACGUUGGUGCACGUAACAAUGACAAUUACAAUGCUUUGCACAUUGCUGCUAUGUACUCGAGGGAAGACGUGGUAAAGUUGCUUCUUUCGAAAAAAGGUGUUGAUCCUUAUGCUACAGGAGGGACGAGACAACAAACUGCAGUUCAUUUGGUUGCAUCUAGGCAAACUGGUACGGCAACGUCUAUUUUACGAGCAUUGUUAGCUGCGGCAGGAAAAGACAUCAGAUUGAAAGUUGAUGGUAGAGGAAAGAUACCACUUCUCUUAGCAGUCGAGGCUGGCAAUCAAUCCAUGUGUCGUGAAUUAUUAGCUCAACAAGCACCAGAUCAACUUCGUGCUACCACACCAGCUGGAGAUUCGGCCCUUCAUUUGGCUGCUAGACGAAGGGACAUCGAUAUGGUUCGAAUUCUGGUUGAUUACGGUGCACCUGUGGACAUGCAAAAUGGUGAAGGUCAAACGGCGUUACAUAUCGCAAGUGCCGAGGGUGAUGAGAUUUUGGUGAAGUAUUUUUACGGUGUCAGAGCAUCCGCAUCGAUCGCUGACCACCAAGACCGAACUCCUAUGCACUUAGCUGCGGAAAAUGGUCACGCCACGAUAAUUGAAUUGCUUGCCGAUAAAUUCAAGGCCAGCAUCUUCGAGAGAACGAAAGACGGCUCCACCCUAAUGCAUAUAGCAUCUUUGAACGGUCAUUCGGAAUGUGCAACGAUGCUCUUUAAAAAGGGCGUGUACUUGCACAUGCCCAACAAACGUGGAGCAAGAUCUAUUCACACUGCAGCUAAAUAUGGUCACGUGGGAAUCAUCAGUACACUUCUACAAAGAGGAGAAAAGGUGGAUGCAACAACUAACGACAAUUACACGGCAUUGCACAUAGCCGUGGAAAGUGCCAAACCGGCAGUAGUUGAAACUUUGUUGGGUUAUGGUGCUGAGGUACACGUUAGGGGUGGCAAACUUCGAGAGACACCACUUCAUAUAGCAGCACGGGUUCCAGACGGUGAUAGGUGUGCAUUGAUGUUAUUAAAAUCCGGAGCUGGGCCCAAUUUGACGACGGACGAUGGACAAACACCUGUUCACGUAGCUGCCAGCCAUGGGAAUUUGGCAACUUUGUUGCUUCUUCUCGAAGACGGCGGUGAUCCUAUGUUCAAGUCUAAAAACGGUGAAACGCCUUUGCAUUUGGCCUGCAGAGGAUGCCGAGCAGACGUAGUCCGUCAUCUGAUCGAAUUUGUGAAACAAAACAAAGGACCAGAAGUGGCAACAGCUUACGUGAACAGCGUUACGAAUGAAGGAGCCAGUGCCUUGCAUUAUGCCGCUCAAAUAGAACCAUCGGAAGUUGUAGUACCGGGUGAUGAUCGUGCAGUUGUACGUGCACUUUUAGAAGGAGGUGCUGAUGUCUCGUUGCAAACAAGACAAGCACAAGAAUCUGCUUUUCAUCAUUGUGCCUUAGUCGGAAAUAACGAAGUAUUAUCAGAAAUGAUAAGCCAUAUGUCGGCAACGGAAGUUCAGAAAGCUUUGAACAGACAAAGUGCGGUUGGUUGGACACCUCUUUUGAUAGCAGCUCAUCGUGGUCACAUGGAAUUGGUGACAAAUCUUUUAGCUAAUCAUGCCAGGGUAGAUGUUUUCGAUUUGGAGGGUAGAUCAGCCCUACAUUUAGCUGCGGAACAUGGUUAUCUUCAAGUCUGCGAUGCCUUAUUGGCAAACAAAGCCUUUAUCAAUUCUAAAUCUCGCGUUGGUAGAACGGCAUUGCAUUUGGCAGCAAUGAACGGCUAUUCCCACUUGGUCAGAUUUCUCAUUCAAGAUCAUGGAGCUGCGAUAGAUGUGCUUACACUUAGAAAACAAACACCUCUUCAUCUGGCAGCAGGUGCUGGCCAAUUGGAAGUGUGCAAACUUUUAUUGGAACUUGGUGCUAGCAUAGAUGCUACCGACGAUCAAGGACAAAAGCCGAUUCAUGCAGCUGCCAUGAAUAAUUAUGCCGAAGUUGCUCAACUUUUCCUACAAAGACAUCCAAGUUUGGUGAUGGCAUGCACGAAAGAUGGAAACACGUGUGCCCAUAUAGCAGCAAUGCAAGGAAGCGUUAGAGUGAUUGAGGAACUUAUGAAAUUCGAUCGUCAGGGUGUAAUAUCAGCGAGAAACAAGUUAACCGAGGCAACACCACUUCAACUAGCUGCAGAAGGUGGUCAUGCGGAAGUAGUGAAAGCUUUGGUAAGAGCUGGUGCUUCCUGUGCCGAUGAAAAUCGUGCUGGGUUUACCGCGGUACAUUUGGCAGCUCAACACGGACACGGACAAGUUUUGGAAGUGAUGAGAUCAUCUCAAUCAUUAAGAAUUUCAAGCAAGAAAUUGGGUGUUACUGCGCUCCACGUUGCUGCUUAUUUUGGCCAAGCUGACACUGUCAGAGAAUUAUUGACAAACGUUCCUGGAACUGUCAAAUCCGAUCCACCAACUGGUGGUUCCUUGGUAGGAGAAUUAGGAAGUGAAUCUGGUAUGACACCCCUUCACCUGGCAGCUUAUUCAGGAAAUGAAAACGUCGUCCGAUUACUUUUAAAUUCUGCUGGAGUACAGGUAGAAGCAGCGACAACUGAAAAUGGAUUUAACCCUUUACAUCUGGCAUGUUUUGGUGGACACAUAACAGUGGUUGGUCUUUUAUUAAGCAGAUCGGCUGAAUUAUUACAUAGUGCCGAUCGUUACGGGAAAACUGGAUUGCAUAUAGCAGCUACACAUGGACAUUAUCAAAUGGUCGAAGUAUUGUUGGGUCAAGGAGCAGAAAUAAAUGCGACAGAUAAGAAUGGUUGGACUCCAUUGCACUGUGCUGCACGUGCCGGUUACCUCGAGGUUGUCAAAUUACUCGUUGAAAGUGGAGCUUCACCAAAAAGCGAGACAAACCUUGGCUGUGCUCCGAUUUGGUUCGCUGCUUCCGAAGGCCAUAAUGACGUUUUGAAAUAUUUAAUGGAAAAGGAACACGACACUUAUGCACUUAUGGAAGACAGAAGGUUCGUCUACAACAUGAUGGUUUGCAGCAAGAGUAACAACAACAAACCCAUAGAAGAAUUCGUUCUGGUUUCUCCAGCACCUGUAGAUACCGCUGCCAAACUAUCUAACAUUUAUAUGAAAUUAUCUGAGAAGGAAAAAGAACGUGCAAAAGAUUUGAUAGCAGCUGGAAAACAAUGCGAAGCUAUGGCAACUGAAUUAUUGGCUUUAGCAGCAGGUGCCGACUCGGCUGGUAGAAUUUUAACGUCGAUGGAUCGAAGAAACGUUGAAUUUUUGGAUGUGUUGAUUGAAAAUGAACAGAAGGAGGUGAUAGCUCAUACAGUUGUGCAACGUUAUCUACAAGAACUUUGGCAAGGUAGCCUAAAUUGGAACGCUUUCAGAACGAUCCUACUUUUCAUAGCAUUCCUGAUCUGUCCACCAGUAUGGGUAGUUUUUGCUUUACCACUUGGUCACAAGUACAAUAACGUACCUAUCAUCAAAUUCAUGUCCUAUCUGACGUCUCACAUUUAUCUGAUGGUUUUUCUGAUGCUGGUUGGAAUAACCCCAAUAUAUCCAGUCGUAAGACCAAAUCUCUUACCUUAUUGGUACGAGUGGUGUCUUUUGGUGAUGCUAUCGGGUCUUUUAUUAUUCGAACUGACCAAUCCCAGUGAUAAAAGUGGUCUUGGAUGGAUUAAACUAGCAGUACUUCUCUUUGGUAUCUUCGGUGUGGCCUUUCAUCUUAUGGGAUUUGUCAUAAUCAAACGUAUCCAUUGGCCAACGUUGCUCUAUCUAAGAAAUCAACUGUUCGCAUUGAGUUUCCUGUUAGCUUGCGUUCAAAUCUUGGACUUCUUAUCGUUCCAUCAUCUCUUCGGACCAUGGGCCAUCAUCAUCGGCAAUCUCAUGAAGGAUCUCGCCAGGUUUCUCGCAGUAUUGGCUAUCUUCGUCUUUGGAUUUUCCAUGCACUUCGUAGCUCUCAAUCAAGCAUUCCAAAACCAUGCAAAUCUUCAGGAAGCUAUCCAAAAGGACAAGGAAAAGAAGAAUGCAUUUCACGACGAUUUGUCGGUGAAUAUAACUUCGGAAUGGAAUAUGGAGACGCCAUCAGCGGCGGCGAAUCCUCGUCACUUCGGCCGCUUCAGGAAAAAGAAUGAAUGUUGUGACGAUAACUCCCGAGAGAUAAAGAUGAGUCCUAUUCUUGCCUUCGAGUAUCUAUUCUUCGCUGUCUUCGGCCAAACAACACACAGCGAGCUCAAAGUCGAGGCCAAUCAGCCGGACUGGACCUCGGUCCUCUUUAAGCUGACCUUCGGCGUGUACAUGUUGGUCUCAGUAGUGGUGUUAAUUAAUCUUCUUAUUGCCAUGAUGAGCGACACCUAUCAACGGAUACAGGCACAGUCAGAUAUUGAAUGGAAAUACGGUCUGAGUAAAUUGAUCCGUAAUAUGCACAGAACUACCACAGCUCCAUCCCCGUUAAACUUGUUAACAACCUGGAUCGUGUACUUCAUCAAGGUAUGCAAACAACGUGCUGCUAAACGCAAACGACCGUCACUGGUGCACAUGAUGGGUCUUCAACGUACCGGUCGAUUGUCCCCAAGAUCCAAGAUGGGUGCAAAGUGGUUGGCCAAAGUCAAGAAGGGACAGGUUCGACCUAAAGACAGUGUGGCACUUUCGGUAGUUCAUUUGAGUCCGUUAGGAAGUCAAUUGUCAUUUAACAGUGCUACCAGAAUCGAGAGUGUCGUUGAUUGGGACUCGAUAAGGAAAAAGUAUCUUGCUUUGACCGGAAACGAGCCUGAAAAAGAAGAAGAUAAAGAUAAGGAUGACAAGGACAAUGAUAAUGAUAACGAGGACGAUUAUGGACCUACUGUUUCAAAUCCUUCGAUGGUUCCAACUACGAUGACUACCUCACCUAUAUAAAUGUAAUUUCUCGCGAGCGUGAAAAUUAAGAUAAUAAUUUUAGGUCUAUGUAGCUGACUAAGAAACAAACAAACAAAAAAUAAAAAAGAAGAGGAGAGAGAGAUAGAAAAAGAGACAAAAGGAAUGAGAGUGAACGAGCUUUUCGAAGGAUGAUCGACUAUAUGAUUUUAGAAGCUAAGUAAGUCUACGUUACGUAGCCUACAUGUGCCUGUAUUUAUACCAAAUAAAUGUCACUUUUAUUUUUACGGGUUUGGGAUUGCGUCCUACUCAGUCAGCAUGGCCAAAAACGUGCGUUUCAGAUCGUUUGCAUCGAAUCAUCUACACUAACUCGACAUUUCAUUGUAUGUGGCACAGGAACAUAUCCUUAAAAAAAAAUAAAAAAACGAAAUUUAGGUCUUAUCUCAUCUGUUUGACGUAUAAUGCAUGUCCUAAGUUACGUGCAGAUUGAUUUUUUCUCAUGUAUUCGGCAGGAACGAAAGGAGCCUAUAGUGUGUGAAUGCAUUGACGUAAAAAAAAAAAAUCAAAAACGUAGGUCCUUAGAACGACUAACGAUCAUCACCAAAAUAAUUUUAAACAAUUGUUAGCCGGCACUGGCAUGACACAUGUCAGAGAGUAAACAAUGCAAGAGAAUGUUUUUUUUAUAAAUUAUCUGUAUGAUGUAUAAGCUUAUUUAUUUCUCGCGUCGAUUUGUCUUAUCAGAUAUUUUGUUGGCACGUAUUUCCA